AUGGCUCGCUCCGCGGGAAAGGCGCAUCAGUCGCUCAAUGUCUUCAAAAAGCCCCUCGGUCUCUUCAGCAAGGAGCCUAUGACAGGCUUCUACCGAAACGGAUUCUGCGAGGUCGGGCCCGACGAUCAGGGGAACCACUCGGUCGCUGCAACCCUCACAGAUUCCUUCCUAGACUUCAGCGCCUCCCGCGGCAACAACCUGCGCUCCAUCGGACUCACGGCCGGCUGCAAGUGGUGUCUCUGUGCUGCGCGCUGGCGGGAGGCCAUGGACCACGCCGAGAGGAGUGGGGAGAACGUGGUGCCGAAGGUGCAUCUGCACGCCACAAGCGAGCGGGCGCUGGAUGUCGUCGGGAUCGAGAAGUUGAAGAAGUACGCCGCAGAGCCCGAGGUGGGCAACGCGAGCAACGUUGCGCAGGGGCCCGGAGGCAUGGGGGGAGCCGUCAAGGAGCACAAGGAUAUGUCGAGUCGGGCGAGCAUGACGACGAGGGACAACAAUGGUGUCUGA